AUGGAUCCGGGGCAGCCUGAUAGCAAGCGCCCCCGUCUCUCGACUACCAACUCGUGGUCACCAACCGGCGCACCACAACAUCAACUCCCGCCUCUUCACCCUCCGUCGUCUCUUCCUCCGACGCCUCACCAGGCUCAUCAGCCUCAUCACUCGGCACCGCCUGUGCCUUCUUAUCACCACCAACAUCAACACCCGCACCAGCAGCAGCAGCAGCAGCAGCAGCAGCCGCAGCCGCCGCCGCCGCCGCCAUAUCCACCUCGCUCUGCCGAACCUCAUCACUCUCCUCACCCGGCUCAGCACCACCCCGACGAGCGACGGCAUCAUGACCCAGAACCUCCUUACGCGCCGAUGCAGGACCACUACCGACACCCGCCCUCACCUGCUCACCCUUCAUACAGCCCGUUCCACCACCGAGACCCCGGCGGCGUAAAGAGAGAACCCCACGAAGAGAACCUGUCCCACCCCCGGCGGCCACACUCGACAGGAGGCGCACCCUCUGACAGCCUGCCGCCACCAGGCCCUCAUCCGCCGCCGCACUCGGCGCCCCCUCCUCCUCCUGUUCCUCCAUAUACCGACGACCGACGACCGCCGCCGCCGCACAUGAGCUACGACAACGCGCCGCCGCAGAUGCCUUCCACGCCGGGGGCCUACAGGGGCAGCUAUCCUCCGCCACCGAUCCCUCAGCAGCCCCAGCAGCAAUACGAGCAGCCUCCGUAUCACGCUCAGCCCGCCUCGGAGGGGAUCUAUAACAUUUCUUAUGCCUCAACCCAGAAGAGAAAGGCAACACGAGCAUCUCAGGCUUGCGAUAGUUGUCGGCAGCUCAAGGCUAAGUGCGACGAAACAAAGCCAUGCAAGAGUUGUCGGGAAAAGGGCGUGGAAUGCAAAUACCGUGACCCCGUUCCAAAAGCGAUCGAUAAGUCGCAAACCGACAUCCUGGAGGGAAUCAUGGAUCUCAAGGCUUUCAUGGAGAAGAAGUUUGAAUCAUGGGAACGAAGGCUCCAGACCCUGGAGAAUGCACCGACAUCCAAGCAUGUCAAGCUCGAGGCAGACACAUCAGCAUCGACGCCGUCCCCGCCACGAGCAAAGUCGCACCCCUCCCCCGAAAACCACUACCAACACCCCCAGGACCGUGGACAACCCGAGGAAAUGGGACCCAUGGCUGUUGGCGAGACCGACUUGGCCCCCCCAAUGCCGACCGAGGUGAUGGACGACGACCUGGUUCCGGGACCGGCUGUCGCCCCCGGUGCGCCAUCGAUUCCUGCCAACCACACCACUCCACAAGGCUAUCUGUUGCAAUGGCCGGCAAUUAAAGCGCUCACCCGCAAGGCUCUGCAGGAUAAUGGUGUGAAGUACGUCGAGGACUUCCCCAUUGGUCGCGAAGAAAGGCGAGGGCUGCUGCGGCUCUUUGGUCGCGGUGAGGGUAACGGUCACAUCUUUGGAUACAGUUCUUCGGCCAUGCCGGUUGAAACAUACGGGUCUGUUGAUUCCACCGACGACAACUUUGGGGAACCAGUUGCCUCUCCCUCGCCAGGUGAGGCCUGGGGCCAGGUGGGAAGUCUCAGCCCGCCGAACCUAGGGUACAGCAGUAGCACGCUCACGGCGGAAGGUCACCCGGAUUACAGCGAGGAGAAGGUCUGGUCGUACGUGAAGAGUUUCGAGGACCACAUUCUAAUUAUGCACCCCAUCAUCAUGCCGAGCGACCUGGCAACGCUUGUCAAGCGCUUUCUGGAAAAUGUCGCUCUGGGAGAUCGGAAGAGCAAGCCUCAACAACCCCCAGGUGUUGCCAAGUUCGUCCCAUCAUUACACGCCGAGAUGUCAAACAAGCGAAAGCGCUCUCCCAGUGGUGAUCAGUCGGAAGACCCCACCCAAACCCCUCGAAGGCAAGGCAGGCCUCAUAGGACCAUUGAAACUGCUCUUGUUCUGAUCGUGAUGGCGCUGGGCAAGAUUUGCCAGCACAAGGGAAAGAUUCCGGACCCUGUCGCGGAUUGGGUUGAUAAUUCGCAAAACUCGCCGAUGAACCGGAACGGUUAUCCUUCUUCCCCCGGGCCGAGUGGACAGGCGUCUCCCCCAUCUUACUCCACUCAUUCUCAGUCUUCGGGACUGCCUUCCCCGAAGGAGCAGAACAACGGCAUCCCAGGCCGGCGAGGAUCUCUACAAGGAGCCGGUUCAAAGAACGGAGGCCAAUCUUUGCGACGCAACUACGACUUUAUCCCGGGUCUGGAGUACAUGGCCGUCGCAUCCGACAUCUUGGGCCAACAUCGUUCAGGGUACACGCUGAAGCACGCUCAGACGUUCAUCUUUGCUGGACUUUACUACGGCCAGCUUGGACGAGUCUUCGAGAGUCAUACGUACUUCCUCGAUGCCGACCGAUCCCUUUAUACAAUCAUGCGCCGCGAUCUGGACCGUUUCAAGAAACAGGUAGACGCAGUUGAGACGGGGCACCCGGCGCCGCCCCUGUCGAGACGCGAUAACAUCGUGCUCCUCACCUACUGGACGUGUCUCCAGCUGGAAAGUGAUAUCCUUGCCGAACUCAGUCUUCCGCCCUCAACCGUGCUCAGCUACGAGCACGCGUUGCCUUGGCCGAACACGACCACGAUGGAGAAGGAGUUCCCGGACAGUGUCUGGAAGAACUACCUGGCGCAGUUGUACCUGCGUAAGACGCUAAAUCAGCUGCACACAACCCUGUACUCUCCCAGCGACAAAGAUACCCCGCCGAUGGAGAAGCUGCAGACCGCCCUGGGCCUGGAAAGGACACUGAGAUCUCUCGAAUGGACGCAGGAAGAGCUUCGCUUCUCUGAGGACGACCCCCCGGCUCCUACCCUCAUGCAGGCUAGGCUACGAGCCAAGUACUGGGGCACCCAGACCAUCAUUUACAGGCCCAUGAUCAAGAUGAUCCUCGACAUCACCGAGAAGCUGCGACAGCAGUCCGAAGGUGCCACGCCAAACUCCGAUACCACCAGCGGGCUAGGACUGUUUGCUCAAAACGACGCUACAACGUUCAUCGGGCACGGUAUCGGAGGUUACAACGACCUCUCGGAGGAUGUCAUUGCAUAUGCCCGACGAGGCAUCCGAGCCCUGAUGAAGAGUACUGAAGCUUUCCACAACGUGGACAGCGAACGACUUCUCGUGACGAACAUCUUCGGCACAGCCCAUGCGCAAUGGGGAAAUCUCCUGAUUCUAGCUGCCGCGUAUCGGGACCCAUUCCUGCACCAAUUCGUCGACGGUGUACACCUCAAAACCUUGUUUGCCCGCACGAUCAAGAUGUUAAGCAUGCAUGCCCACGCAACCAGCGCAUUGAUGGUGGACAAGAAAAUCCUCGAGAGCAUCGAGGGCGAACUCUUCCGCCACGGCUUCGAUGACCCAAGGACGACCAGCAGCUUCUCCAGCACAGCAAGCAUGAACGGACCUACGCUUCCUCCGCCCCCACCCCCGCCACCGACGCACCAAGGACCCAUGUCAAUGGCAUACGCCAUGGAACCCAACCGCAGCGCGCACAACUCUCCUAGCCAGGGACAUCGUAUUCUGAACCACGGAGUAAAUCACAACCAGAAUCACGGCCAUCAUUACCAGGGACAGCCGACUACGAUGUAG